CUCUGACAAUAUUCCCUGCACUUCAUGAUAGAGAGAUAAACUAGAGAGAUAAAGUUGAAAGAUAAUGGCAUUGAUUGUUUCUUAAUUCUAGGGUUUCUCAAUAAAAUGUCAAAAUCUUACUCUUUUUUCAAAAAAAAUUCACAGUUUUAAGCUUCCAAAACAUCAAACAAACAACAUUAGUAAUAAGUCAAUUAGAAAGAAAUUAACUAGAAAAAAACACAUUAGUUGAGUACAAAAAAGGGUUUAUAACUAGAAACAAAGUUCUUGUACUUGUUAAGUUAUACUACUACACUACAUUUUUCACGAGAAAAUUGAGAAAAAAAAGUGAAGAAAAAAGUUAAAUGAGAGAAAUUGGGAAAUGGGUUUAAAUUGUAACUUUUAAUGCUUCAUCUAUCUAAGUUACCCACCAAGUUGCUCACACAUUUGGUACUUGCUCAACUUCUUUCUCUCUGUUUUCUUUCUCUCUCCUCUUUCUUAAUAUCAAACACAGUACUGUAGAUUUUAGGGUUUUGUUUGAGCUUUCUGGGUGUCUCAGAUUUUGGUGAUUUCAUGUUGUUUUACUUUUGUGCAACAUGAAUGUUGGGUUUUUUGUGCAGUUUCUGGGUUUGAUCUUCUGAUUACUAUUGUUCAAACCAAGUGAGCUGCAGUUAUGAGUAUUGAGUACUGAGUAUCUGUGAUUGGAAGUUGAUAUACAUAUUGGAUAACCUAUGCAUUGUGAUUAAGUACAUGUAUUUCAGAGAUCACUCUCUACAGGAUUUUAUGGGAUAGGAAAUUUGGUUGCUUUUUAAGUUGAGAGUCUUGUUGUUGCCGUUGAAAGAGGGACCAUCUUGUGAUUGUUGUUGUAUCAUUGGUUAUGGAUUUCUUUAAAGUAAGAAGGUUUAAGAAAGCUCGUAAGCCGAAAUCACAGGAAGAUCUAGAGGAGAAGCCGAUUCCCCACCCAGAGGAACCGAACAAUGAGAGUAAUAAUGUUUCUGGAAAAUCAGUUGCUAUGGAUGCUCCGACAGAUAUAGACGAUGACGAUGAUGAUUUCAUCACAAAUGAGGUGAAGAGGAGAUUGAAAGAAUUGAGGAGAAACAGCUUUAUGGUGCUCAUACCAGAAGAGGAUGGUGCUGAAGAAGAGGAGGAAGAGGAAGGUGAGACAAGCUCAAGUGAGGGAAGAGACAUUGGAACUCAAGUUGAACAUUUAUAUUGUGAUUUUGAAUCUAUAUUUGAAAAGUAUUGUGAGCGGAUGCUGUUCUUUGAUCGAAUGAGUGCUCAGCAGCUGAAUGAAACUGGUGGGCCCAUGAGUCCUUCAACACCAUCUCCAAGAGCUGCAUCUAGGAAGUUUGUAUCUUCUUUCCGAUGUCUCUCGAUGAAAAAGAUUGAAGAACCUGAUAGUGAAACUGAGCAACUGCAGCAACCAGAUGAAAGUCCUUGUCUGGACCUCGAAACAGCAUAUGUAGCUCACAUUUGUUUGACGUGGGAAGCUCUUCACAGCCAAUACACCCAGUUGAGCCAGAAGAUAUCCUGUCAGCCUGAGAAUUCUACUUGUUAUAACCAGUGUGCACAGCAAUAUCAGCAGUUUGAGGUGUUAUUGCAGAGAUUUAUCGAAAAUGAGCCUUUUCAGCAAGGUUCAAGAGUCGAAAAAUAUGCUCGAAGCAGAAAUUCUUUGUCGAAAUUACUACAAGUUCCAAAGGUGCAAGUCAUGCUGAAUGGUUCAGGUGCCUAUGAGAAUGUGGUCGAUGCUGAGGAAUCAGAUUACAAGAUUCUUGCCCCUGAUCUUCUCAAGUUGAUUGAGACAUCAAUCUUAACUUUCUACACGUUCUUGAGGCUGGAUAAGAAAAAAUUUGGUGGGGUACGCAACUUGUUCGGAAGCCAGAAUCAUAUGGCUACACCUCUUCAACAUGUUCAGUUAGUUGCCGAAAAGAAAGGGAUAAAACUGAAGGAAUUGCGCAAGAAGAAAAGCUUGAAAAAGAAGUCAUGGCCUUCUACACACGAAGAAGUGGACAUGCUUUUAAGCCUCAUCGAUGCUAAAGUUGUAUCCAGGGUACUAAAAAUGGUUAAGAUCACCAAAGACCAAUUGCUCUGGUGCGAAGAUAAGUUGAGAAAACUUGCUUUGACAGAAGGAAAGCUUCAUAGAGACCCAUCUCCCAUUCUCUUUCCUUGUUGAUGGCUCCAUUCUUCCUUCGCCAAUAUGUUCGUAUAUAGCCUAGCCUCUUUCAAUUCCUUCGACACACAAUGAGGUGGAGAUUUUGUCGAAUGCUGCAAGUCGUGACUAAGUUAGAAGUUAUGUUCUACCGGUCAUUGUGAAGCUGAUUAAUUCUGUGGUGUGUGAAAAAUAAUGGCUGAAAAACAUUGCUUUCUGACUUGUCAUAUGUUUGAAAAGCCAUUAAUAUAUGCCACCCUUGACUAAUUAUGUAUCCGGGCAAAACAAUAUUUGGUGAUUAGCUACUUGCAAUUUCAGAAUUAA